GAAUAAACACCAGUGGAACGAUAUUAAACCUGAUUAAUAUAAGUGAACUGUGUAAAAUUAGCGAAUUGAUCUAAUAGAAGUGAAAAGGGAAUCUAAUGACGGACGUUUGUUAAUUUUGUUAAUGAUAAUUAGAUUAAACAAAAAAAGGCGGAACGAGUGAAAAGAAUACGUACGUCACUCAUUGAGGGGGCUUUCCCAGGUAAAAUAGACCUGUCUGUCGUAUCGAGGUCAUAUCGUAAACAGAACAGCGUGCGAGGAUAACCAGUAUGGACGAUCGGAGUUUAUAGUGAAAAACUAUGAAGUUAUACAGAAUUCGAUUCAUCGUCUUAGGACUUUUAUUACGUGUGUUUUUUGUGUGGUGUCAGACUUGUGGUACUAAAUUUACGGACCCAGCCUCUAGUGCGUACCUUGCCGGGGCUGUGGUGGAAGGGAAAGUGACCAAAAUCAUGCCUCCUAAUGAGGAGGGUAGAUACAAUGUGACUCUGGCCAUCCGAAAAGUUAGAAAGGGUGCCAGUUUAUUACCGAAGGGAAAGAAAACUAAACGAUUAACGAUUGGUGAAUUCGGAGUGGAAAAUUUAAGUGAUUGUGUAACAAACAUAACAAAAUCAAACAAAAAAUAUUUCUUUUUUAUUAAAAAAGUGACGACUGAAAUUAGUACAUUUUAUAGAAUUUCUGCGUUCCCUGUGUUAGCGUCGAAACAGACUGGACGAUUAAUUAGAAAGGCAGCAUGCAAAACAUGUGGUAAAAAACCUGAGUUAAAGAAAAUCAAAGCAAGAAAGGUGGUGGCUGGCAAGAGGCUGCAGCUACGAUGUCGUCUGCGAUCGGGAAAGCCAGAUCCUGUGAUAAAGUGGACCAAAAACGGAGUUCCAAUUUCCGGAAAAACAAAGGGUGUUCAAAUCAAAAAUAGAAAGAAAUAUUCUCAGUUAAGAAUAAACAAAGCAUCAAAUAAAGAUUCAGGAAUGUAUAAAUGCAUAGCGACCAAUGUUGUUGGAUCAACGGAGAAAUCCGUCAACAUACAAGUUUCUCCUAGCAAGGGAACAACGACCAAAAAACCAACAAAACCCACGACAUCGGGCAGAUAUAUUCCAUGCAACAAACGAGAUGCCCAAGACUAUUGUUUGAAUGGCGGAAAAUGCCGAAUUAUUAAGGAGCUUGAUCUUAAAACAUGCACUUGUCGUCGCAAUUACCAUGGAAAAAGAUGCGCCCUACUCUCACCAGACAUCCGGGAUCUUAUUGAUGGAAAUUCACCAAGUCCAGAACAGGAUAGAACCCUGACAAUCAUAGGCAUUGUAAUUGGAAUUUUGAUUUUUGUCUGUUUCUGCAUUGCAUCCUACUUCCUUGCAAAGAAUAGACGCAUGGCAUACUUGAAAAAACGAGCAGCCAAAAAGAAACAUUUGAACGGCACAGUCAAACCGUACGUAGUGGUAGACCCGCCUUCGAAUGGACGAAUGCUACAGAGGCAGAAUACGGUCAACAUGGAGACACAGACAGAGGAGGGAAGUCUCUACCCACCUUACCCGAAUGCAAAUCCUGGUUGGUCGAACGCUUAUAUAAAUCUACAAGACAAUGACUUUCUAAGAAAUUCACCUGGUAAUAGAAACUCGAGAACGCGACUUUCUGGUGUGUCAACUGAACGAGAAAGACCCACCUCCCAACCGGAAACGAUGACGUCCCCGAAACCAAUAUACAAUAGAAGUCCAUCAGACCCAACAAGACCAUCUUUACCUGCAGAACACCGCGGCGAUAUCAUACCAAGAUUGCGUGUCUCGGAAGACUCUGUUGGAAGCGACGGCGAAGAAGACGUUGAUGAAAUCACUUCGCUGCGGAUCAGUGAAGACGACGAACGUACUCCGUUUGUGCAAAAACAUCUGUCUGAAUCUGGACGUUUUUCUCCAGAUAGAAAUUCUUUAAAAAACGACGAUGACACAUUGUCUCAGAGGUCGUCCUGUGUGGACGACGAAGAGCUGCGGCGGAUAUACUGUGCAGAUGAUAAUGAGAGAUACGGAAGAAGGUGUUCAGAGACUCUGUCAUGGAACGAAAGAGGUUCCCCUGAACAGCUUGAUCAACAGAAUUGUUUCAAUAUAGAAGAUCCAAAGUACUUAAAAUCAAACAAUUGUGCAUAUCUGGAAAAUAAUCAAGAUAGCUUCGUCAAUAUUUAUAGCACAGACAUUUUAGAGGACAAGCCUUCCACGCCUGUUUAGCUCGCCGGAAGUGACAAUGGAAUACGCUCCGUGUUCCCCAAGAUUCUGGUUCUUGUCUCCUUAAAGUCUCGCUGGCGGGGUUCUUAGGAGUCGAGUAAUGCAGGCUACAAGAAAUUUUGGUCCUUGGAUGUCCGGGGACCUGAUUGUUAAAUAGAUGGAAUUUCGAGUAUUAUUGAAAAGUUAAGAUAAAUAAAACUUUGCUGUGUCGAAAAGAUGAGGAAAUGGAUGCAUUUUCGUUGUUUCUUUUUCACAUACUUGUAACAUAUGCAAUUAUGAAAUUAACAAAGUUUCAAUUUAGUGCCACUAUUAUUUGACUGUGUGAUAAACGUGAUAUUGAUCACGUGAUCGCACAUAUAUGUUUCGUAUGUCUCUCAUCAUUCCAGACCAGGUGAUAAAAUGUCUCAAGAUGUAUGUUGAUAAUGUAUACAUCCCAGUGAUAUUUUUUAUAUUAUUAUCUGAUGCUUUUGAAUAAUACUUGGUUUUUGGACGGUUGUAUUGUAAAUAUGCCUGUUAUCUGUUAUAAUACCUUGUCCCAUGGAUUACUUUGUAAUUUUUUCCUUUGAAUUAUUGUUGCUCUCUAUGUUUUAAUGUACAAAGUAAAAAAUCAAGAUAUUUUCUAAAUAUCAAACUUUAGUCAGUUUUGAUAAGGCAUUUAAUGUUCAAAAAUGAAAACAACCAGUACAAAACUUACAUUCCUUGUUUUUUUGUUCAUAUGUAUAUACAAUCAUGUCUUACUAUUUAUUGUUCAAAAAUUGUGAGGAAAUACAUGUUUAUAUCGCCUUUAAACAAUCGUUUUAGUGCUAAUUGAACAAACAAACAAAAAAAGCAAUCUCAUUCUAUGGUUUUUUCCCCAAUUCGAACAAUGUUGCCAUAUUAGCCACUGCCACGUCAUAAUUUUUUUCCAUAAUAGUGUAAUUUAGAUAACAAUACCUAGCAGAUAUUACGCAUGUCAGUUUUAAUAUACCGUAGAAAAUUACAUGAUACAUGAGUUAUUUUUUUAUUUGAGUUAAGUAGAUGUCAUUCAUAUGAUUUUUACGCCAUCACACUCUCGCGAAGUAAGCAAAUCGUUGGACAGUUGUGCAUUUACAGAAAGAAUGAAUAUUGAAAGAAAGUCUAUUUAUUUGUUACAAUUUAAACAAAAUCUUCUCUAAGUAUUGUAAUCUUUAUAAGAUAAUAAUUAUUUUUUUGUAACAUUUUUUUUUUUUAAAAAUAUUGCUACAGUUUUCAAUGUGCUGUUAAACUUUCUUUGCAUUUGACUAUCAAUUAUUGUAGACUUACUAGUAUUUUGUCAACCUUUUAUUGGAUACCAAUUUCAUUUGCCUACAAAUUUUUACUCGAAGAAAUCCAUGUUUUCCUUUUCUUUGAUGCUUGCGUUUUUAAAUCGAAAAAAAGGGUGUUUGGACAAAUCAAAACUAAAGUCAGCAAUUAAGGCAAACAAGAAAAAGUAAACCUUUUCUUUUCAACGUUUUGUACUUUUUAUUUAGAAGUGAGAAUUGCAGUAUCUUUUUUUUUUUAAAUUUGUGCGUAGUAGAUCUUCUAUUCUUGAAUUUCCAGAUUUAUAAAAGACAAUUUUUACUGAUGUAAAACGUGAUAACACAAUCGGUCGCUUAAGGAAAUUGACGGCCCCAUUGCAUUUUGGGAAAACAAGUUACUGACACUUUUCUUUAUGUUUAUUGUUUAUCUUAACUUUCAUCUUGUGAAAGCAUCCUGUUGAUGUUUUGUCCCCAUUUAUUUCCUUUUAUGAAAAGUAUUACAAAUUAUUAUUUUUUUUCUUGUGGUGCUAGUAUGAGAGAUGUUAAAAUGCUGUUAUUUAUUCCUCGUGUAUGUUUAGUAAUUGUACAAUUAGAUGUGAAGUAUUUUUAUAAAUAAAAAAUGCCUUUGAGUUAUGAUAAAA